AUGAAUGAAGAGGAGCUCGCCCGCGUCCUUAGACGCGAUCCUAACAUUAACGUACCACGUCCCGUAUACAAAAGACCCGAGGUGACGCAACCUUUGAAAUGGACAAAAUUCGGCAAGCAUUUUUUAGCCUCAAAGUUUCCGGCUCAACCCAGAACACAGCCGAGACAAUGGCUUACUCAAGAGCAAUUGAAGACUCCAUGGCGUGAACUUCCCCACCGGCGGCUUCUUAAUAUUAACCCUCCUCCUCUUCCUCCUCCUCCUCCAGCUCGUUCCCCACCGCCUCCUGCUCCGCCCGAGACAGGGGACAACGAAGAAGGAUUAUUGCCUCUCGAAGAAGAACUAGAACAAGGUGAAACACCUGAAGCAAGGAAACGUGACCGAUCAACAGACGAAGAAGACGAUGAUGAUCAUGAAUCAAUUCCUGUGAAGAAGCAAAAGAUAGAUUCCGAAAUUGGCAGAAAAAUAAACAAAGGCAAGGGCAUUGAAAAAUCUCAAGCGCCAAAAGCAAUUCGUCCUCCAGCACAUGCACCAGGAAUUCUCCCUUUAUCUCCACAAGAUGCUCGGGCUCCCAAAAUUGCAAAUCCCGAAAUAGGCCCCUUGCGCAGCCGAUUUCCCGGACCUGGAAACUUUGAAUAUAGAUGGAAAAAUAAUCCAAAGGCUGAUGAGGAUAGAGAGAUAAGAGAUGGUAUCCCGGAUAGUUUUCAAGAUGUUCCGGAUGUCAGGCUAAUGCCCGAGCGGAUUUCUAAGAACAGGAGAAGAGUGAAAGAUUUUAAGUACAUGGGAGACCAGGAAUUUUAUGAUAUGGAGAUUCCUGAUAGCGGAGAUUGCUUUUUUGGUGCUGGUAAGUUUAAUAUUCUAUUGCUAUUCUUUGUAAGAACUUGUGCUGAUAGUUUCAGUUUCGAUGGCUCUAUAUGGAACGGCCAUGUAUUGGCAUUGGGUGAAAUUUUGCCACUUGCAUUUCUUCCGAUUUGUACUUACUCAUCCUGGUCACCCAAGAUAUGACUUUUAUUGGAGAUUGAACUCUAAUAAAAGUUCUCAAACCAAAAAGAAUAUUUGGCAACAAUUAAGUACUCCACACGUAAGUUAAAUCUUCAUAUUUGUACGGGCAGACGAUGUAGAGGUACUGACUAUAAAUGUUUUAGGCUUGGCAAUCAUCCGACCUUCUCAAUGUAACAGCAGAUAUCUUCAACCUCUUUAUAGUACUUUACGAACAAUUAGAUAUACCGAAAGAUAUACCAAAGUCCCAACAAAAACCACAAGAUCAUCAGUCCAUCGGUCUAUAUGGUCAAUACAGCGCCACCCAUAUCUUCCUCCAUAUCAUCAAUAGGAAUCAUUAUCAAACACUAGUCCCAUACAAAAACCCCGAGGCACAAUUUCCAUUUCCAGAUGGUGUUACGAUAGAUCCCAAACCAGGAAGAGCUAAAGAACGACCUCCUGGAGGACGCGGCAAAGCUAUAAUCCCUCCACCAAUUGCUCAGCCUGUUUAUGUGGGGCCAUGGGAUUUAGACAUAGCUAGGGUUCUUGGAAUCAAUACUAAGGAUGGAGCUCUGGAUAUAGAUUUAAUGAACACAUGGAUGAGAAGAGAAAGACAAGCGGCUGAAAGGAAGAAUGAUCCGACGGAAGUGAAGUGGUGGAUACAAGCUAAAGAAAGGGAGGCAAAGGAGGAACGAGCAAGAGAAGCAAGAGCCGUGCAAGGGUUAUCUAAAGAAGCAGAGGUGAAGAAAGCACAGCCGUCAAAUGAAGCAUUGGCGAAAAAUCUAGACGAGACCUUAGGCAAGGGGAACCAGAAGAAUGUACAGUCAUUGAAUGAGGAAUUGGAAAAAGAUCUAGAGAGGACGCUACGCAAGUGGAAGGGAAAGGAUGCAAAGCUUUCAUAUGAAGACUUUACGAAAGAUCUAAAAAAGAAGUUAGGAAAUUGGAAAGGGAAAGGUGUACAGCUUUCAUAUGAUCAUUUUUUGAAAGUUCUAGAAAGAACAUUAGACAAGGAGAAGAGUUUACGACCGUCCAGCGAGGAAUUGGCAAAAGGUCUAGAAGAUAUUUUAGGCAAGUGGAAGAAGAAGGGUGUACAAUUUUCAUAUGAGGACUUUGCGAAUGGUCUAAGAGAGACAUUAAACAAGGGGCAAGGUGUACAGCCAUCCAACGAAAAUCUAUCCAAAGAUCUCGGGAAAACCUUCGACCAGAAAAAAACACACAGUUGGGAACCCGAGCCACGGGCCCCUAGAACCCCAACAACAAGAAAUCCCUCGAGAAAAAAAAGGGAAUCGUCACUCAUCGAUCUCCUUUCUAGCUCCGACGAAGAACCCGAGGAAAUAAAACAUGAAAUGCCUUUAAGGACGGCUGUAAAACCAGCUGUAAACCCAGAUGUAAAAUCAUCCACCAAGGCAGUUUCGUCGAAAAUUUUAAGAGAUACGGUUAGAAGGGGUGAAACACCGGUUACUAAUCUUCCUUCUAGUUCGGAUGAGGAGGUUGAGGAAGUUAAGGAAGUUAAGUAUGGGAGGGAUUUAAAAGCGCCGGUGAAAUCAUCUACUAGUGGGGUUCCAUCGAAAAAUAGUCAAUCGAAGGCUGUUGAUGAUCUUUCUAGUUCGGAUGAAGAUGUGGUGGAGGUUAGGCAGGAAGAUACUCCAGGCGCAGUGAGGAGACCUUCUGCUAGGCCUGCUCCUGCUACGCUGGCUCCUGCUGCCGGAAGGGGAGGGAGACCACCACCGAGAUGGUAA